UCAAACUACCAAUUGUUCGUAGUACUCAACCACAUGGAUCCCAAGUUCAAGGGAGAGUCGAGUGCCUAUGAGAACAAGAUGGUGAAAUCUCUCACUGCAAGGGACAACACCAACAACAAUUGUGCUAGUGAUAUGAACAAGAAGCACAAUCAAAUUGUGGAUGAGCUCCAAGCAAUGUUUCCUAGCAAGGAGAAAGAACAGGUAACCAACAUGUACAUGGAUGUCAUGGUGGAGAUGACACAAACAUUACAGAGUGGCAACCAGCAUGUGGAAGCUAGUAGCAAACUCAUGAAUCAACCCUUUGGGGUGAUUGUGGGGGAUCCAUCCAUGGGCAACAUGGAAGCAUUUGAUGGUUACCAAAAAGUGGAGAUGCUCGGCCCGAGGAAUGUGAAGCAGACUCCAUGGAGAAAGCCCACUCCUUGGAAGGACAACCAACGGACUGGGAGGUUUUGGACCAUAGACGAGCAUAGGCAAUUCCUCCGUGGUCUACAUGUGUAUGGUCGUGGAAAUUGGAAGAACAUCUCUAGGCAUUUUGUUACCACCAAGACCCCAGUGCAGGUUUCCAGCCAUGCUCAAAAGUACUUCCUCAGGAAAGAAAAUAGUACCAAGAAGCAACGUUAUAGCAUCAAUGACAUUGGACUUUAUGAUUUUGGGCCCUUGUCACAAACAAAUGCUCCUGCUUGGGUGGGGCCCACCUUUGGUGGAGGUGUCUACAAUAUAAAUCAUUAUAGCUUUGGUGGACAUCCUACUUCCAUGAACAAUGCCCAGGCUUGGUCACCAUUCCUAUACCAAACUAGGCGUGGAAGUAUAAGCAAUAGCCUGACAACCACCUUGGCUGUUGACCAGCAACAAGAACAGAUGGGAGCUAGUAGUUCUUUAGUGGAUCCAACCACGGAGGCAGAUGGAGGCCACCUAGAUUGGACUAGUGAUAAUCUGAGAGAUAUUCUUGAUACUCAGUGGAUGAUCAAUGCAAACAUGAAUUAGGUUUUAUACACCAUCUAGUAUGCCAAGUUGCAUGGUGGCCUAUUAGUUCAUCCUUUAUAUGUGGGUUAAGCAUCAUAGUAUUCUCUUAUGCUAGAGCGUGAGCAACUUUUGUGUCAUGAAAUAUUGUGUGGUACUUUCAAAUGUAUGUAUCUUGUUUGAUUUUUGUGUUUUACUUAGUUUGGUGUAUCAGC